ACAUGUGAAGUUAAGGCCACUAAAAAUAAAACGAGUGAAGAGAAGUGGUUUUUAUUUAUCAAAUUAUGAAAGUAAUAAAAACAUAGACUCCAAUGUGUUGUUUUGUAAAGGAAGUGGAUUUAACAUGUGAAUAGAAUGUAGUAAUGACCAAGAAUGAUACCUCUUUACACGCAUUUGUAACUAGCUCGUAGCUCGUAGCUCGUUGAAGGCGAUGAGUGAAAUAUUGUUUUGUAGCCGGUGGACACGGAUGUGGCCUGGAUGUUUUUGUUAAGUUGCGGAAAGCAGUACUGUCAAAAUGGCGAGCAGUAAGAGGUCAGCGUUGACAGGUUCGAUGGAUAACUCAAGUUCGUCAAGUAAUGACCCUUUGAGAGAACUCUUUGAAGCGUGCAAAACAGGUGAUAUAGCCCGUGUUAAAAAACUCGUCACACCACAGACUGUUAACGCUCGGGAUACGGCAGGCAGGAAGUCGACACCCUUGCAUUUUGCAGCUGGCUACGGACGCCGCGAGGUGGUGGAGUACCUUCUGGCUGCCAACGCUUCGAUCCAGGCGCGGGAUGACGGGGGUCUGCACCCGCUACACAAUGCCUGCUCCUUCGGGCAUGCGGACGUGGUGCGCCUGCUGUUGGAGGCGGGCGCCAACCCCAACACCCGCGACAACUGGAGCUAUACCCCGCUCCAUGAGGCGGCCAUCAAGGGCAAGGUGGACGUGUGCAUCGCCCUGCUGCAGCAUGGAGCGGAUGCUAGCGUGCGCAACUCGGAGGGCAAGACGGCACUUGAGCUGGCAGAUGCUGUGACGCGGCCCGUGCUCACGGGCGACCACCGCAAGGAGGAGCUGCUGGAGGCCGCGCGGUCGGGCGCAGAGGAGCCUCUGGCUGCGCUGCUCAACCCCCUCAACGUGAACUGUCACGCGAGCGAUGGCCGGCGCUCCACGCCGCUACACCUGGCCGCUGGCUACAACCGUGCUCGUGUCGUGCAACUGCUUCUGCAGCACGGUGCUGACGUGCAUGCCAAGGACAAGGGGGGGCUGGUGCCGCUACACAAUGCCUGCUCCUACGGACACUUUGAGGUGACGGAGAUGCUGAUCAAGCAUGGGGCCAACGUGAAUGCCAUGGAUCUGUGGCAGUUCACGCCCUUGCAUGAGGCGGCAUCCAAGUCGCGCACAGAGGUGUGUUCCUUGCUGCUGAGCGAGGGUGCGGACCCCACGCUGCUCAACUGCCACUCCAAGUCUGCCAUCGACGUGGCUCCCUCACGCGACCUGCAGGAGCGCCUGGCCUAUGAGUUCAAGGGCCACUGCCUACUAGAGGCCGUGCGGCAGGCUGACCCCGCCAAGGUGAAGAAGUACUUGUCUCCAGACGUUGUGAAUUUCAAACACCCAUACACCGGGGAUACUCCUCUGCACUGCGCGGCGGCUUCACCCUACGCCAAGAGGAAGCAGGUGAUGGAGACAGUGAUCCGCAAGGGCGCGCACCUCAACGAGCGCAACAAGGAGCUGUUGACUGCGCUGCACACAGCUGCCAGUUGCUCACAUUACGAUGUGAUGGAAGCCCUGCUGCGGCACGGUGCCAAGGUCAACGCGCUGGAUGGCCUCGGCCAGACGGCACUGCACCGCUGUGCGCGAGACGACAACCUGCAGGGCUGCCGCGUCCUGCUGUCGUACAGCGUGGACCCCAGCAUCGUGUCUCUGCAGGGUUACACGGCCGCGCAGGUCGCUACGGAGAGCGUGCUCAAGAUACUGCAAGACCCGCCAUCCGGCAGCGCAGACAUCGAGUGUCAGCUUCUGGAGGCUGCCAAGGCCGGGGACUCGGACCAGGUUCAGCGUCUGCUCGCCUCGUAUCCGCAGAUAGUCAACUGUCGCGACCUUGAUGGCAGGCACUCCACUCCCCUGCACUUCGCGGCCGGCUACAACCGUGUGCAUGUGGUGGAGUUCCUCUUGGCUCACGGGGCGGAUGUCCACGCCAAGGACAAGGGGGGGCUGGUGCCGCUACACAAUGCCUGCUCGUACGGCCACUACGAGGUGACGGAGCUGCUGGUCAAGCACGGCGCCAGCGUGAACGUUGCUGACCUGUGGAAGUUUACUCCGCUCCACGAAGCUGCAGCCAAGGGGAAGGCAGAGAUUGUCCGUUUGCUGCUGAAGCACGGAGCAGACGCUAGCAAGAAGAAUCGGGAUGGAGCCUCGCCGUUGGACCUGGUACGCGAGGGGGACCAGGACGUAGCAGACCUUUUGCGUGGAAAUGCUGCGCUGCUGGACGCUGCGAAAAAGGGAAGUCUGGCGCGUGUGCAGCGCCUCGUCACUGCACACAACAUCAACUGCCGUGACGCGCAGGGCCGCAACUCUACCCCUCUACACCUCGCAGCUGGCUACAACAACCUGGAGGUGGCAGAGUUCUUACUGGACCGCGGGGCCGACGUCAAUGCCCAGGACAAGGGUGGGCUCAUCCCCCUUCACAAUGCCUCAUCGUACGGCCACCUCGACAUCGCAGCGCUGCUCAUCAAGUUCAACACCGUCGUCAAUGCCACCGACAAGUGGGGCUUCACGCCCCUACAUGAGGCCGCGCAGAAGGGCCGCACACAGCUCUGCGCUCUUCUGCUGGCGCAUGGAGCGGACCCCUUCCUCAAGAACCAGGAAGGCCAGUCCCCGCUAGAGCUGGCAUCCGCGGAGGAUGUACGCUGCCUUCUGCAGGAUGCCAUGGCCUCGCAGCAGAGCGUGCCCUCUGUUGCUGUCGCCUCGCCGUCGCCCCCUGUCGCCACGGAGACAGUGAUCAUGCCAUCAGGGGCGUCCAUGACCCUGUGCAUCCCGGUGGCGCGGUCGGGCUGCCUCUCCCCACUCCCGGCUGUGGAGGGCUGCUGCGCAGAGCCUGCGCGGGCCGAGGGCAGCCAACAAGAUGGGGCUAGCGUGGGCACCGUGGCAGGCUUCCUCGCCAGCCUGGGCCUGGACCACCUGCUGGAGCUGUUUGAGCGUGAGCAGAUCACACUCGACAUUCUGGCUGAGAUGAGCCACGAGGACCUGAAGCAGGUGGGCGUCAGCGCCUACGGCUACCGCCACAAGCUGCUCAAGGGCAUCGACAAGCUGUGCUCCAGCUCGGGCCUGCUGUGGCUGCCUCCGGCAAGUCCCGGCACCCUGCUAGUGGAUCUGCUGACGGACGACAAGGAGUUCCUGGCGGUGGAGGAGGAGAUGCAGUCAACCAUUCGCGAGCACCGUGACAACGGCCACUCAGGGGGUAUCUUCUGCAGAUACAACAUCGUCAGGAUCCAAAAAGUACAGAACCGCAAGCUAUGGGAGCGCUAUGCACAUCGCCGCCACGAGGUCUCCGAGGAGAAUGGUAACCAGGGCAACGAGCGCAUGCUCUUCCAUGGAUCCCCAUUCAUCAACGCCAUCGUGCAGAAGGGCUUCGACGAGCGACAUGCAUACAUCGGCGGCAUGUUCGGAGCAGGCAUCUACUUCGCGGAGCACUCCUCCAAGAGCAACCAGUAUGUGUACGGCAUCGGCGGGGGGACAGGCUGCCCCAUGCACAAGGACCGCUCCUGCUACGUGUGUCACAGGCACCUGCUGUUGUGCCGCGUGACGCUGGGCAAGUCCUUCCUGCAGUUCAGCGCUAUGAAGAUGGCGCAUGCCCCUCCGGGUCACCACUCCGUCAUGGGCCGGCCCAGUGCCGGCGGCCUCAACUUCCCAGAAUAUGUUGUGUACCGUGGAGAGCAGGCAUACCCAGAGUACCUCAUCACGUACCAGAUAGUGCGACCGGAAGAGGCGGCCAGUCCCGAGCUGGAGCCCCGGUGAUUCCCCCUGUUGGGACGUCGCCGGCGAGACGGCUGCUGCUGCAGCGCACUGGGCACGGUCACGCGCUGGGCGCACCGCCUGCUCAGGCACCGUGCAGAUGUGGCAUGGUGGUAGCACGGCCAGAGCCACCCACAAGCAGAGCUGUGAUACGCAGAUUGUGCGCAACACGUACAGACUAGUCUUCCGCCUCCUUGUUAUACCGUCAUCGUGUCGGUGGAUUGUGAUUCACCUUAUUCUACCAUGUAGAUGAUUCUCAGUUGUGUCGCAUAAAUUGUGUUGUUGAUGUUGCACAGGAAACAGGUAACCACCUUACUGAAUGUACGUAGUCUUCCGUUCUUAUUUAUAGCACGGCACUGUAAGUGGUUUUCAAUAUGUAUUUUGUUUUUGGUGUUGUGUAGUAUCGUGGUGAUUUUUUAACGACAUUGAAUGUUAUUUAUUUGUACUGCCAAUUAUUAUUUAUUUCAGUUUACAAUAUUUGAGACCAGCUCAUGAAUUUUUUCAUGUAAAAUAUGGUGUCUGUUAUAAUGUCCUUACAUUUACUACAAUUUUAUCUUUUAACAAUGUCAUAUAUUUGAAAAUUAUGAUUUUAUGGAAUAAAUGUAUUGUGUUUUCA